AGAAUCAAUGUUCAAAAAGCUCUAGAUGUAUUCAUGAAACACAGGGUCAAACUGGUUGCCAUUCAUGCUUCGAGAAUCGUCAGCGGUGAUCAAGCAACAAUUCUUGCUCUUGUCUGGAACAUUAUUCUUCGCUUCCAGAUCCCAGGGGAUAAUAAUAUGAUCAAAGAACGUCUACUUAAAUGGGUUCAAGAUGUACUCCAAGGAUAUUCCGACAUAGUAAUUGUCGAAGAUAUCUUGGAAAGUUGGCAAAAUGGUUUAGCAUUUAUAUUGCUUAUGUUUGUGUACAGACCAAACGUUGUUGACAUUGCCAAAGCUCGAAAGAUGAGCGUUGCAGCCAGAAUGGAGUAUGCUUUCUUAGUCGCUGAAAAAGAGUUUGGUGUUGAUAGGUUUUUCGACCUAGUAGAUGUUGAACAAAGAAAUUUAAAAGAGAAUUCUAUGCUGAUUUACCUGUCUGCAUUAUAUGAAGUAUUGAUAAACCUCAAACCAUUACGUGUAACCCUAAAAUGCCCAAAUUACGAUGAAUGGAAGGAAAGUGUAGCGGAAUUGGAAAGAAUCCUUGACAGAGAAGAGGCGAAAUUUGUUCCAAAUUCGGAUAUCAAAAAAGAGUUCUCAAACUUGGAAAGACUUGCACAAGAAACAAAGGAUUCUGGCGAAAUUGUGGAAUCUGUCUGUAAGCCGAAGUUAGCCACGAUUUCGUCAGUUGGGAAGGAACUCAUUGACAGCAAAGAACUCGAUCCAUCCGAUGAUAAAAAUAUUGCAAAGAAAAUAGACGAACUGACAGACAGGAUCCAACGUCUUGACACAGCUGUGAGAGAAACCAGAGAAAGAGUUCGUGAAGCAGUUCUAGAAUACAUCGUUAAAACCCUGAACGAACUGUCCGUUGAAGUGAAAGUAAUGCAAGAAACAUCCAGUUCUUUAAAUCCUCCUGCGAAUAAUCUGCCCAGGGUCCGAGUGCAAAUAACAACAUUGAAGUCAUUGGAGCAACAACAUUCAACGAGCGUUGCUAUAAUUCAAGAUACAGAAGGAAAGGUGAAGAAAAUGGUGGAUACAGGUGUCAUGACCGAAGGCGAUUCUGCUGGGAUGUCGGAUGAGAAAGAAAAAAUAAAAAACAUUGCUGAUGUUAUUGAAGAUGCCGAACCAAAGCUCAUAAAACGUUACAUCGAACUUCUUCAAAGAGAAAUUGAGAAACGUGAACAAUGGCUGGAUGCAAAUGAAGAAGAAAUCAUCAGAAGUAAAGUUGACUUUAAAGAUUUCAGCGAAUUUAAAAUCGUAUAUUUUCGAAAUAAGGAUCUUGCAAAAGAACUGGACGAUAACAGCGUUCACGUCUUGAUCGAAGAAACUAAUAAAUUUGAUGGGAUUGAACCGGAUUUGAAACAACAACUCGUUGUUUUCAACGAACGAUGGAUUAAAAUGGACGUCGCUUUAAAAGAUAAGAAUGAGUUGUAUGAUAAUCUCAUGGCGGACUGGACGAAAUAUCGUGAACAGCAACUGAUUUUUUUGAAUUGGAUUGAUGAGAUAGAUAGCGAGGUGAAGAACGAGAAAGACCAAGUGAAUCUUGUCGAUGAAGAUGAAAUAUACGCACAUAUCAUGAAGCUGAAGGAUGUGGAAAAUAAAGCCGAGUCUGAAGGAGCGAUAAAAGAAAGGAAUUUAAGGGAAGCUGGUGAAGAUUUGAUUCGACAUAUUGGUGAAGAUUCCCCGACUGCUGUUGAGAUUUGUAAACAAACGGAGGAGAUUGUCUCCGUCAAACAUGAAUUCCUCAAAGAUCUUAGUGUUAGAAUCCAGAAGAUUGAAAGCAGUGAACAGAAGACUCAAGACUUGUACAAUAAAUUUGAUGACGUAACAGACUGGCUCAACGCCACGGAAAGUCUGAUUGACAAGUAUGAAAGCCAUGAAAAAGAAACUACUGAUGAUGAUGGUCCACGUGAACAGCUCAUGCCACAGGAUGAGGAGGUUGAAGAGAUGGCAAGUGUUGUAGAAGAAAUUAUGAUAAAUUUUGAAAAGCUGUCAGAGACUGACUUGAAGGUAAAGCAUGUCAACACGUUGGGAAACGAAUUGAAAGAAGAAAUUGCUGACGAAGGAAGAGAAGGUGUUGACGCCAAACUCGAUGCGUUUAAUCAACGAUACAACAACGUUAGUCAACGAAUAAAAGAUUUUGAAAACAAAGAACCUCAAACAAGUUCAGGAUGUUCAGAAUUUGUGCGACGUAUUCGCCGUAAACUGUUCCAAGUUUUCAAAUGAUCUUGAAGAUGAUUGGAAUAACGCAGUUAUCAUUACGGUUAAUUAAAAACUAGAGUAGUUCUUUCAAGCGGCCAUGGAGACAGGUAACCAUAGUUAGUUUGAUGAAUAGUGUCGCUUCACGUUGUAAAAAAACUGAUAAAUGGACGCAGGUCACAUUCCUAUCCAACCUUGAGUGUCGAAGGGCACUGUUUAGUUAGUGGACACUGUUUGAAUGUUCAGGUCUGUUAACACGAUCCAAUUUUGUUGGAUUCAAUCCACUUCUGAUGGACGCUUUAUAGCCUGUUUACUUUCAAUGUAUGUGAGCAACUAAAACCAACGCAGUA